UACUGUAGCAGUUAAGAGUGUCCUACCAAUGACUGAAAAAGAUGAGACUAUGGACGCUUCUGAUAGCCACGACAGUGCACCAUCAGUGAAGAAGAAUGAACGAACCUCGUUGCUGGACAGCGGGGAAGACUUUGUGGUUUUAGAUGAAGAAGACAUUGACGACGACCCCCCUCCUCUGGAAGAUGCCGGGGGCGGGAAGAAGAAAAACACAGAUGAGUCUGGAAAAAAUGCUGAGACUGAAUCAGAACCUCCAGGUCAAGUGGAAGAAUGGCUGGAUGUACUAGGUAAUAACCAGCUAAAGAAAAAAGUCCUGGAGGCAGGGGAAGGGCGAGACAGUCGGCCACAGAAAGGACAAAAUGUAAAGAUCCAUCUUAAAACAUACCUGAAGGACGGAACACUUGUAGAGGAGCUGCCUUACCUCUCUUUCACUCUUGGAGACGGGGAUGUUAUCCAGGCUCUGGAUCUCACAGUGCAGCUCAUGGAGAUAGGCGAGAAGGCCCUCAUCCAGGCUGACGCAAAAUACGCAUAUGGUUCCCGGGGGAGCCUUGAACCAGAGGUUCCCCCCAACGCUGAGCUGUCCCUAGAAGUGGAGCUGCUGGAAGCUAUCGAUGCCCCAGACCUGGAGCUGCUGCCCCCUGCAGAAAGGAUUGCCCUGGCCAUCCAUAAGAGAGAGAGGGGCAAUGUUCAUUAUCAGCGUGCAGACUAUGCUUUUGCUGUGAAUUCAUACAGCAUUGCCCUGCAGAUAACAGAGUCCAGUUCUAAAGUUGACAUUAGUCCUGAGGAGGAGAAUGAGCUGAUGGAUGUCAGAGUGAAGUGUUUAAACAACAUGGCUGCUUCUCAGCUGAAACUGGACCACUACAAUGCAGCACUUAAAUCUUGUGUCUCAGCACUAGAACACCAGCCAGACAACAUAAAAGCACUUUUCCGCAUGGGAAAGGUUCUAGCCUUGCAGGGUGAAUACACAGAAGCCAUUCAAACUUUGAGGAGGGCGCUGAAGUUGGAACCAAGCAACAAGACAAUCCAUGCAGAGCUCUCCAAGCUGGUGAAGAAGAACUCUGAGCAGAGAGGGGCGGAGCAGGCCAUGUAUAAGAAGAUGCUGGGUAACCCUGCUAGUAGUGGCAGCAUUUCCCAGAAACACCGGGCCAAGUCUUCAUGGGGUCUUAGCUGGAAGUGGCUUUUCGGCGCAACUGCAGUAGCCAUUGGCGGUGUAGCA